GGGCGGGUGCGGCACGUGAGGAGUGCUGGGAUUUUGCGCUCUCACCAUGACGAAAUACCCCGCUUCAGCGCCUCGGAAAGGCCCCCUUGCCCACUGCUGGCGGGACCCACAUCGCCCGUGCCGCGCGUGAAGCAAGUUGAGGAAUUCGGGUACUGGCCCGUGCACGACAACUCGAGGAAAAUCUAAUCAGGAGCUGUGGAAAUUUUUGGCCAGGAAGCUCAGAGCCCAGCCCAAGCUAUCCAGUCCAUUCUUGACUUUGUCAGUGCCACGACCAUAACCUCCCCUCCCAUUUAGCGCCACUGGCGCCGAAUUCUCACUGCGAACUGCCCGGCGACGCCAGAGCUCAUGAUGCUGUCGAGAGCCGCUGCGCGCUCCGCCGCGGGCGCGAGAGCUGCAUCCUCGGGGACUUGUUAUGCCCGGGCAUCACGCAGCUUGCCUGCCGUCUGGACUCGAGGUAUGGCCAAAGACAACAAACAGCAGCACCCGAGAUUCGCCAAGCCGCCAAACUCGGCCGCCCCCAAGACAUCAUACCCUCCAGCAAGCGACCCUGCCACGACACCCGCUUCCUCACCCUCCACACCCGUCCGACCCUCUGCUCCCAAAGACUCGGCCAGAGCACACGCCCAGACCGAGGCCCAAGGGGCUGCCACGUCAAGAGCGACCGAAAGACAGCAGCGACAGCCCGAACUAGAGCCCGAGACGGAACCGAUACCUGACCUUUCCAAGCUCCCCGAUCUCACGCAGGGGAUCCCCUCUACCUUGGAAUACGAGACGGCCGGCGCCACCAAUCGCUCGUCGCUAGCCUCUGCAGAAGACGAGGGGGCUUCUGCAUCGGAAGGCGACGGCGGCGGCGGCGGCGGCGGCGGCGGCGGGAGGGCCAAAGGCGAACUCCCCGCCUCUGCAUACAUAUCCUCGUCGGAGCGUCGCCGUCAAAAAGUGGCCAAUUGGAUGUUUUCGCUGGCGGGCCUAUCCAUCGUCGGAGGCACGGUAUAUCUCGGCAGGGACUGGGACGAAGACGACCUGGCAAAACAUCCAGAGGUGCCCAACGGAUGGGGUCUGACGCUGUGGUGGAAUCGUGUCACGGCAAGACUCGGUGAGACGAUGACCUACUACCAAGAGCCGGCCUUUGAGAAGUUACUACCGGAUCCCGACCCGUCCUUUGAGCGACCAUACACGUUGUGCAUCAGUAUGGAGGACAUGCUCGUGCAUAGCGAAUGGACUCGCGAGCACGGGUGGCGGGUCGCCAAGCGGCCUGGUGUCGACUACUUCCUGCACUAUCUCAGCCAGUAUUACGAAAUCGUCCUUUUCACGACCGUACCUUUUGCCAUUGCCGAGCCAUUGGUGCGCAAGCUCGAUCCGUAUCACUUCAUCAUGUGGCCACUUUAUCGGGAGGCUACAAAGUACAAAGAUGGUGAGGUCGUCAAGGACCUUUCUUAUCUCAACAGAGAUCUAUCCAAGGUCAUCAUGGUGGAUACUAGCGCCCAGCAUGUUCGUGAUCAGCCUGACAACGCUAUUAUUCUGCCAAAGUGGACAGGUGACCCCAAGGACACGGAACUUGUAUCUCUGGUCCCUUUCCUUGAGUUCAUCCACACGAUGGAGUACGACGACGUGCGCAAGGUUCUGAAGUCAUUCGACGGCAACCAUAUCCCCACCGAAUUUGCGCGCCGGGAAGCUAUCGCGCGCGCCGCGCAUAACAAGCGAAUUGAAGCUAGCCAUGGAAAAGGCUCAAAGGGAGCCGGAGCAUUGGGCUGGCUUAGCAGCCACCUUGGCCUCAAGCCGAACAAUAUGAGCUUGAUGGUACAACCAGGAGGUGAAGAGAACCCAGCUGAAGCCCUAGCAAAGGGUAAAAUGCUUCAAGACAUUGCCCGCGAGCGCGGCAUUCGCAAUUACCUUGCGCUGGAGGAGAUGAUCCGCACGAAUGGUGAGAAAUGGCUCAAGGAAGAGGCUGAAGCCCAAGAGAAGCUCCAAAAGGAAGCCAUGAAGAACAUGCAGAGCUCCUUUACUGGCUGGUUUGUGAAGUCGGGAGAAGAGACGAAACCGGAGUCUGCCCCUACGGAUGGUGCCGACAAGAAGACGUAACAGGCGUCUUUUUUAUAUACUAAACAUGUACUAACACAAUUUUCUUUUCUCUCCAUCACUUCACUGGAGUACCCACUACUGAUGCUAGUCCUCUCUCCUCUAUUUCGGGCCAUUUCGUCUAUGGCGUGGAAUUUAAAGGUCGCGUUAAUUGGGCACCUCGUACAUAAUCACCCACAAUGCGCAAACGGGUUGUUUGGAAAGCCUUGUAGAAUACUUAGAUUAGACUAACGGUUGCUAAUAUGCGCGGUUGAGGACAUAUUCGUUAAGUUCAACGGUUCCCAUGGGUGUAUAAGGAGCGAUGCCAUUUGCUAGCUUCGAUAUUGACAUGCUCUUCCAAUAGAACGGGAGAUGUGUCAGGCUAGAAGACAGCAGCAGAC